CAUACACUCACUUUUAAGCAAACAAAACUCACUCUCCUCACACAUAGCAGCAAAGAAAAAAAAGUGGAAAAGUUGAUAGAAAGAGAGCGAGGAGGAAAAGAAGAAGAGAGAAUUGCUUUGGCUUAGGCAUUCCAUACUUCCCUCUCUUCUACAUAUUUUGUUUAGAGCUGAUUUUGGAAGAGUUUUAUGAAUAUUCAGUAGUUAUUUUUACCAUGAUCAUGUGAAUAGCUCAUGGAUCAUGCAUGCAAAUGGAAUUUGUUGCGAAAGUCAAUAGAUGGGAGAUGGGAACGCGACUGCGGAAAUCAUGUAUAGAUGAAAGUAGGAGUUCUUGUUUUCCAUCUAGCCGGAGUGAGCAGACGACGCAAACAGCCGCUGCUCUCAAAUUAAACCAUCUUGACAUACAUGAUGAUGAUGAUGCAGGAUCACAAGGAGCAGUUGUUAGCAAGAAGAAAAAGAGGGGCCAACAACGGGAUGCUAGAAAAAAUAAGAGUAGAAGAGGGCUCCCCCAAAUUAGCAUGAAAGUGUUGGAGAAGGUAGAAAGUAAGGGAAGAACAACUUUCAAUGAGGUGGCAGAUGAACUUGUGGCUGAACUUGCUGAUCCAAUGAAUAGUGGUUUGUCCCCUAAUAAGCAACAAUAUGAUGAGAAAAAUGUUCGUCGAAGGGCCUAUGAUGUUCUCAAUGUUCUCAUGGCAAUGGAUAUUAUUUCCAAGGAUAAAAAGGAAAUACAAUGGAAGGGUCUUCCUCCUAGUGCUAUUGAGGAGCUAAAGAUCGAACGUCUAGGGAUCAGGAAUAGAAUUGAAAGCAAAGCAUCCUAUCUAAAGGAGCUUGAGGAACAAUUUGUAGGUCUUAAGAACCUUAUUCAACGAAAUAAGCAAUUAUAUAGAUCAGGAAAUCCUCCAAGCGUAGGUGUUUCUUUACCUUUUAUUCUGGUUCAGGUACACCAUCAUCUAAUUAUCUACCUUUUUGCUACUUCUCCAGAAGAAAAUGUUGUUCAAUUUUGCCUUGGAUCUUCAAUUGUGUGGUAACUAGAUUAUAUUAGUAUCAACUCACUACAC